AUGGUAUACCAGUCCUGUUUUUUUAUAAUAUUUCUUCGAACAUUUGCACCUGUAUUCAAAAAACGUAUAAUAAUUAUUCUAUUAACAUAUAACAAUAUUCGAUUUGGUCGACGAUCUAUUGCACCGUACGAAGGACAAAGCCGAAAACAUUUACGACUAGAAUUUCAAUUGACAUCAAUGUUAAUGAUGCAAGUAAUUGCUUUUAUUGUUUCAUCAUUUCCAUAUGGUGCACAAAGUAUAUACAGUUUAUCAACUGCUAAUACAGAGAAAGAAAGUGAGAGACGUACUUGGGAGAUUCUAGCAACACAACUUACCACACUAACAUGGUACAUUACAUAUGUUAGUCCUUUUUACGUAUUUUUACUUUCAUCAAAAACUUUCCGUCAUCAAGUUAAAAAUAUUCUGAAGAUGGCAUUGAAAACAAUUGGUUAUCAAAGAGAAACAAUGGUAUCCAACGAGCGAGCAAUCAGCACUCAAGGUCAACGUGAAAUACCACUAAGACAAUACACAAUGCAGUGA